AACAUCAAGACCAAGACUCACCAAAUAAGCCAAAAUCUCCGCAGAAUGCACGGCACAAACUGGGGUCUCAACCCACACAUAACAAAGAUUCUACUCCAAACAGUCAUCACCAAAAUUGUAACAUACGGAGCAGCAAUCUGGGCCCUACCUAUGACAGAAAGAAAAAAGAAGAUUCUAACCACCAUACAACGCCAAUUCACCCUGAACAUAACACGAGCAUUCCAAACAGCACCAAACUCGGCACUGGACAUCUUGGCAGGUACAACUCCACUCCAUCUAGAAGCAACAUAUGAGGCAAUAUACUCCACCAUCUCCCAACUCCAAGAUCCUAUAACGCAUGAAGACAUCAGCUAUGAUCCACAAGAAUACGAAACCAAACCUCCACCAUAUAACAGACAUCCAGCUACCCCACAUACAAGAAUAAAAUUCACUCCCAUCACCAAUAGUCAACAACGGAACAAUACCUCAACAAUAGCCUACACAGACGGCUCGAAAAUAGACGACAAGGUUGGCUGCGGUGUCUACAUCCCCAUCCAAAACAACAUCGCAGAAGAUAUUAAAUGGAAAGGCUUCCUGAAAAACAAUAACACAGUAUUCCAAGCAGAACUGGCAGCCAUAAAAUAUGCAAUAGCAAUAGCCUCUGAAAACAACAUCAGCAACCUCCUUAUCAAAACCGAUAGCCAAGCCGCCCUUCUAGCAAUAAAAGACCCAAACAAUAGAUCUCCAAUAGCCUUCCAAAUCAACCAAGACUCCAUCUCCUCUCCAAUAAACAGCAUCACCAUCGAAUGGAUUAAAGGCCAUAACCAAAUAGAAGGAAAUGACAUCGCAGACAACCUUGCCAAAGAAGCUGCCCUUAACCAAGAAUCAUUCCCUGUCAAUGCCAAGCUUCCCACAUCAUACCUUAAGAACAAAAUUAAACAGCAAAUCCUCAAUAUCUGGCAAAGAGAGUGGGACAAUACAACAACCGGCAGACGCACACACGAAAUCUUCCCUACCUGCAACAACGAAACCAAAAGCACAACAGCAUCCCUCACCAGCUUUCUCACAGAACAUGGACCAUACCCCACAUACUUUUACAAAAGAAACCUCUCCAACACAGAGAUGUGCAUCUGCGGAGAAACCGGAAACGCCGAUCACUACCACUUCUCAUGUGCACUAACCCAAGAACUCCAUAUACGAAGUCCCUCAACAAUAACCACAGCCUUCAAAAGAAUGAUCGUCAAACUCCCUCACCUCAUCACCGCCUUCAACAAGCUACACAACAAACUCAACAACAUGGGACUGGAUCUAUGCUCUGUGUCUCCUUCACCAUCAGCAAUAUCCAGGUAA